AUGAGCAAUUCCAAAAAAUCCUUUUUGAAAUGUAAUUUUAAUAUCUAUUGAAAAGUUCUAAGGUCUAUUGAUUUAUUUGGAUAGAAUAUCCUUCUAAAUCUAAAUGGUGAAGAUCAGUAUAAAACAGGAUGUGGUGGUUUAAUGACUCUAGUUAUUUUGGUUAUCGUUGUGUUAUUCUUUUAAUCUAACAUACAAGAUUUUAUAAACAAAGUAAACAUUCAAAGUGACAGCAAUAAAAUCUUUGAAGAUCAACCAGAUUAGAUAUAUUUAAAUGAAUCAAAUUUCAUGUUUGCUGUAGCUAUUGAAUAAAAUAAUUUCAAUUCUAAUCCAUUUUUCAAUAUCACUAUUGCAUCUAGGUAAACAAAUUUAUAAUUUAGACAUUAUGAACGUUUAGGAGAUGGAACACUCUCUAAAGUUGAAACCUUCAUUGAUCUUGUUCCUUGUACUGUUCAAAGAUUUUAACAGAUUUUUAGUACCUUUGGAUAAAAUUUUACUUAAUAAUUUCAUGAGAUCGGCUUAGAUACUUGGUUAUGUCCAUAGUAUUUUAUUAUUUUAUAUUUAGAAUCAACUACUCAUUUACACUUAAAGGAAGGUACACAAAUAAAUUUUUUGAUUUUCUCAAAAUAACUGUUAGUUAAUGUAAUAAUCAAUCUCAAACUAAUUCCUUUUAUACUUGGUAACCUAUUUGUGCUUCUAAUGAAACUAUCUCCAAAUGGCUUUUGGAACAAAGAUAAUAUAGAGUUAAGAUGUAUUAAUUGAAUAUAUUUUUAAGAUAUAUUACAAACUAAAUGAUUAGUCCAUUAAAAGGAGAUAAUUUUGUUUAAUCUUAUUUGGAUGAUGAAUUAUUUUUUUCAUUUAUUCCUUAAGUCAUAGGAAAAGAGGCUGAUAUAUUUUUUACGAAAUAUUUAAUGAAAACUGAUAAUAAUUUAUUACCAACUGGAGAUACUUUUGAUACCAAAGAAUUAUUUGCUAAAGAAUAAGGAGAUUAUAGAGAUUAAAAUAGUUAUGCUAGUGAAACUUAUGCAUCAAUUUAUCUUAGAAGAUCUCCUUAUACAACUUACAUAUCAAGAUCAUAUUAAAAAUUGGAUAAAAUGCUUUCAAUUUUAGGUGGAUUUGCCAAUAUAGUAAUUGUUGUUUUAGGGUUUGUUGUUGGAAUGUAUAAUAAAUAAUUAUGUAAAUAUAAUAAAUUCAUUUAAAAAUAGAUUUAAUAGAAUUAGCAAAUUAAAUUUAUGAUUUUAAUUUUGAAAAAGAAAAUAAAGAGAAAUUUGAAAGAUAAAAAUUAGUGUAAGAAAUUACAUAUUUGAAAUCUCAACCAAUGAUUUUAAGUAGAUGUAGUCCUAUUUAAUCUAUAAAUCCCAAUACAUCAGUUAAUAAGAAUUUAAGAAUGUCUAUUCGAUAAACAUUUUCUUAGAAAUUUGAUUAUAUUUCUGGAAUUCAAACUCAUAAGGAUGAAUCAUGUAAAAUGAUUACUUGUAGUCUUCGAUAACCUAUAGGAGAUAAAGAUAUUGAAUGGCAAAGUGCAGAUGCUGCUGAUAUUUACAAUAAUCAUUUUUUAGAUGCUUCAAAUGGAAUAAAAGAUGAUGUAAAGUAUUACUAAGAGGAUUAAAAGAAUUCUAAAAUGUAUAAUCAAAAUGAUAGAUAGAAAUCUUACAAAUAAAUUCAUAAGAAAAUAGUGAGUAAAAUAGGUUAACAUAAUAGAAAAGAAUAUUUAACUUAAUAAAUUUAAGCUAUGCUUGAUCGAAGUAGACCAAUCAUUUUUACUUUUAAAGUUUUAUUGAAUUAAUUAUUUUGUGGAAAAUUGUUUUAGGAUGAAAAUUCAAUUCUAUUAAAUAAGGCAAUGUAUAAAUAUAAAUAUAAAUAAUAAAAAGAAAGAAAAUAAAUUCUGACAUCGAUAUAUGUGUUUUAAUAGAUAAAGUGAAAGAGAUAGAAUUGAUCAAAGAAUUAUUAUUAAAUAAUGAUCAACAGAUUUUAUUUAAUUUUGCACCUAAAGAAGUAAUCACAAUAGAAAAUGAAAGUCGUAAACAUUCUUUUCCUAAUAGAAGGGAGAAUAAGUAAAUAUAAUAAAAUAUAGAUUAAUAUAGAAGAGCAUUUACAAAAACAUUAGGAGUGUAAUUUGGAGAUGUUGCAAAAAUGAUGUUAGAUAAGAAAUUUAAAAAAGGUUAAUUUGUGACUCCUGGAAUGCAAAUAUAUUAUAAAUUAUAUUCAGCAUAUGAGAGAGUAAUUCUAUCAGAUGAGAAAAAUGAUAGACUUAAUUAAGUAUUAAUUGAGAAACUUGGUUAAGAAGUUAAGGAUGUUUUUGAUAUAUCAAAUUAUAUAAAGGGAGAUGAGAAUGCAAAAAUAAUAGAUAAAUUAAAAAAGAAAUAAACAAAUCCUAUAGAAGAUGAAUAACCUAUAGGAUUAAUAAGUGUGGAAUAUAAAGAUAUAAAUUAAUCUAUGAUUAAAUGA